CGGGUUUCCUCAGACUCGGCAUUUAAAUCGAGCUGCAAGACAUCAGCUGCUGCCACAUUCACCCCUGCGCUGUCACAGAAAGUAACCUUUAGCUCCAGGCGAACAAUCCGCUCUUAUUUUGCGACUCGAGAAAAAACGACAUUAAUAAUUGUCGACCCUGGACAGGUUCGGGUUUGUUGUUUUUUGAUUGGGAGAGGCUGAACAAUAACGCGUUUACAUUGUCAGUGGCUGCAGCUCGGUGCGUCGUCCCCUGGAUUCCUGCAGCAGCUCUUAUCUUGGACGAUAUUGAAUAUUAUUGGUAACGGGAUGUUAUCACCGAGCAGGAAUAUUUAGUGUUUUUCUUGAUUGAAUCAUAUUGCACACACUGAAUGCAGUGUUUUGCUGCUGUAGUACAAGUGGCCUUGACUUGACUUGGCUAGACAGAUGGACUCAAGGAUGAGAGUGCGCAUGAAUGGUCCGAUUUGAUUUCUGCAAAAUAGAUUUAACGGGUUUGUUUCAUUUUAUUUUUUCAAAUGAAUGUGUGCACGUAGUAUAUAGUAACUACGGUCUAGUAAUAACGUCAGACAUUAUCAUAAUCAAAACACCUAGUCACCCAUCCAGAGCUGUAGUAUAGAGGCAUUUAAUUUACUAAGACUCUUGUAGCAUAAACAAAUCAAGAUAAAACAUAUAUUUGCAAGAUAACCAGCAGGAAAAUAAAAUAGAAUAACAAAUUAUCUUAGCUUAAUCUAAUCUCUUUGCCAUUUAAGUUUGAACCUAAGGGAACAGUCGGAUUUCCUCAGGACAUAACAAAUUAAAUUUUCAGGUCAAUAAAGACAGAUAAAGCUGACACAGUUAGGUUUGAUCAAAUUUAAUUUUUGACCCUUAACAUCUAUUAUUGGCUUAACUGGUCCAAUCGACAAGCAACCAGUGACAAUGUUCAGCUGGCUUGGAACCGAUGACAGAAGGAAGAAGGAGCCAGAGGUCUUUCAGACGGUCAGCGAUGGGCUGAAGAAACUCUACAAAACCAAGCUCCUGCCACUGGAAGAGAGCUACAAGUUUCACGAGUUCCACUCUCCGGCCCUGGAGGAUGCUGACUUUGACAACAAGCCCAUGGUCCUACUGGUGGGACAAUACUCCACUGGCAAGACGAGCUUCAUACGCUACCUGUUGGAGCAGGAUUUCCCUGGAAUGAGGAUCGGCCCUGAGCCCACCACAGAUUCUUUCAUUGCAGUGAUGCACGGUGACACAGAAGGAGUCAUCCCUGGAAAUGCUUUGGUGGUUGACCCCAAGAAGCCCUUCAGAAAGCUGAACGCAUUUGGAAACGCUUUCCUCAAUAGGUUCGUGUGUGCCCAGCUUCCUAACCCUGUGCUGGAAAGCAUCAGUGUUAUUGACACACCAGGGAUUCUCUCUGGAGAGAAACAGAGAAUCAGUCGAGACAAGGAGUUGUCAGGUUAUAGCUGCCUACGUAGAUGUCCUUAUGGAGGCUAUGACUUUGCGGCUGUCCUGGAGUGGUUUGCAGAGCGAGUGGACAGGAUCAUAUUACUUUUCGAUGCCCACAAACUCGACAUCUCUGAUGAGUUCUCUGACGUGAUAAAGGCUCUGAAGAACCACGAAGACAAGAUCAGAGUUGUGCUGAACAAGGCCGACCAGAUAGAGACGCAGCAGCUGAUGAGAGUUUAUGGUGCCUUGAUGUGGUCGCUGGGGAAAAUUGUCAACACUCCUGAGGUGAUCCGCGUCUACAUAGGUUCAUUUUGGUCACAUCCGCUGUUGAUUCCUGACAACAGGAAGUUGUUUGAAGCAGAGGAACAGGACUUGUUUAAGGAUAUUCAGUCCUUACCGAGAAACGCAGCACUGCGAAAACUCAACGAUCUGAUCAAGAGGGCAAGACUAGCCAAGGUCCACGCCUACAUCAUCAGCUCGCUGAAGAAGGAGAUGCCUGCUGUGUUUGGGAAAGACAACAAGAAAAAAGAGCUGAUCGCCAGUCUGGGAGACAUUUACAAACGCAUAGAAAGGGAACAUCAGAUAUCUCCAGGGGAUUUUCCUAAUCUGAAGAAGAUGCAGGAUCAGCUUCAAGCUCAGGAUCUCACCAAAUUCCAACCUCUGAAACAUAAACUCUUGGAGGCGGUCGACGACAUGCUGGCCAACGACAUCGCUGGCCUAAUGGUCCUGGUUCGCCAAGAGGAAAACCUGAGGCCCAACUCCGCGGUAAAGGGUGGUGCCUUUGAUGGCACGUUGGAUGGCCCGUUCGGACACGGGUAUGGCGAAGGAGCCUGCGAAGGCAUCGAUGACGCCGAGUGGGUUGUUGUCCGUGAUAAACCUGCUUACGAUGAGAUUUUCUAUACGCUGUCCCCUGUCAAUGGAAAAGUAACAGGUGCCAAUGCUAAGAAGGAGAUGGUGAAGUCAAAACUGCCAAACACAGUGCUGGGAAAGAUUUGGAAGCUGGCAGAUAUUGAUAAGGAUGGAAUGCUUGAUGAUGAGGAGUUUGCGUUGGCCAAUCACCUGAUAAAGGUGAAACUGGAGGGACAUGAACUGCCAUCGGAGCUGCCCGGACACCUGGUGCCUCCUUCCAAGAGGAAAAUACCUGAAUAAAUGAAAGAUUAGCCCAAGUUCUGGACCUAAAAUCUGUAAGUAGUACAUUUUUGAACAAAACUGGAUAUUUCCAUCACCCAUUCCUGCUUUUUCUGUCAUCCCCAUAGCUGCAGUCUUACAGUAUUUCAAACAAAUACCUGAGACAAAGGUGAGCGUAGUUUUCAGAAUAGGACAGAUGUUAAAGAUGUGAUUAUAGCUAAUAGGUAAUCAAUAAAACCAAGAAACACUGGAAUAUAGAAAAAUACUUCUUGAUUUAAACUACUGGAGCAAAAAAAAAAGGCAAUGUGAAAUCAAAAUGGAUGAGAAAGAAAGAAAAUGAAAAUGUUUAUCUCUAUUAAAACUAACAAUUAUAAAUUAUUUUAUUGUAAGUGUAUAAAUUAAUGAAGUAAAUCCAAUUUGAAGUAGAGAUAAGAGCUCUCGGACCGAAGGUCCUGUCUUAUUUCUGGCCUCUUGGCACAGCUGAGCAGUCUGGCCUUUUUUUAGGGUGACAUAUUGAACAAGUAUGAAGAUUUCCUGGAAGGGCUCUUAAGAAAACACAAACAAGUGUGGAAAAAACACACUCAAAUAGCAUUUUUCUUUUAAUGGGGGUUCAAACCAGUAAGUUUUGAAAGAAAAGGUCCAAGAUGUGAGUCACUGUGAUUCGCAUUUAUGUGUGGAUUGGAGUUCACGAUUAACGUCUGAUUAACUGUAGCAUCUGGAUUGACCUCUUGCAUCGAAAAAUCUUUCACUGGAGGAAAAAGGAAAGAUGGAUGUGUUGUCUAUUUUGAUUUAUAGACAUUUCAGAAACUCAUUUACCACACACUGUGACUUUAAGACUACAAACCGUGUUAUGGGUAUUGCUUGGACACAGACUUUGAAUGUCAAAUGUGCAGAUCCUCAUGUUCCUGUGCUGAUGCACUCUGGCUAUUAUACUGUAUGUACGCAUUUGAAGACAUGUAUCAGUGUUAUUAUUUGUAACAUGUAUGUAGUCACUUGUACUCAUUAAACAAGCUACUGAUGCGGGAAUAUUCCAGGGGGCUAGUAAUAGAGGAUUGCUCAGUAAAUAUCAUCUGAAAGUUAUCUAGUAUAGACUAACAUGAUUGUCUUGAGACUAAAUGAACAGCUGUUUGCUUAUUUUUUGGUUGUGCAUCAUUAUAAUUCAGGAAACGUUCCUUUUUAUUUUUUUAAAGCCACGAUAUGUAGCAGUACCACUCCUAACGGGCAUGCCAGAAAGUACACGUGUUAGCUCCUGGCAUAAGACACAGCAAAGCUCACCUGGAAUAUUGCAGUACAAAGGCUGCUGAAGUCUGGAUUUUUGCUUGGAAACUUGGGCAAGAUCCAUGUCGAUCAAGUUAGGUCCAAGUUGAAUUGAUGUCUCAGUAAGCAGAAGAGUUUUAAAUCUAAAUCGGAUUUAUUAAUCAAGACGAUGUUAAAAAAAGGAAAAUCGGAAAAUCGAUUUUCCUUUUUUGCAGCUGGCUGCAUUACAGACAGAGCUCGUCUAGUCAUCUUUGUUUGGUCAAGAAAAUUGUAAAUGUUGUCACUUUACUAAAUUCAAGGAGGAUUUACAGUAUCUUUAAUUGCACUUCAUUCCCAAUAGGGAAAUUUGUUUGCUAUUUUUCUUUAAAAAUAAAGAUAAAAUAUUUGAAACAAUUUAUUCCAUUGUCUUUUGUAGUUCUACUAAAAAUCGAAAUUGAAAAUCGGGUUUUCAGAUUAAAAAAAAAUCGGGAUUUUAUUUUUGUCCAAAAUCGCCCAGCCCUAAUGGAAAGUAUAGACCAAAAUUACAUUUUGGCUUUGUAAAUAAUAAUUUCAAACAAUGAGCAGAUAGUUAAAUACCUCAUACGCUGUUUCUUCUCAUUCGUUUUCUGCUGACCAAACCAAACAAACUAAAAACAUGUCGACAUUGUUGACUUCUGACUUGAACUUGACAACAGCAUCACCAGAAAUGCCGACUCUUUAGCAGUUUCGUCAGCAUCUCUUUUGCCAACAUGUGCCCCCAUGUGGUCAGAGGUGGUGUUGCUUCAUAGAGUGGCUUUAAAUUUUAGACACGUAAUGAACAUAAUUCCUCUUUUACACUAUUUUUUGACAGGUUAGUUUAGCUUUUAUGCCAGUAUGUUAGAACAAAUACUUCUAACCUGAUUUAAGCAUGAGAUUUAAAAACUCUUCCACCUGAAAUUUGUGGCAAAAAUUUGUCAAGCGUGUGAUUUAUGAGGAGGUCGGCGUGGAACCCACAGAAGUGAAAUAUUUCCAGUUCAUGGCCAUCUUGUUCUCUUCUUUGUGUGUUUCUAUGCUGUUGCUGUGAAUCUAAUGUACAUGUGAAGACUGAUUGCAUUCCAUAAAUACAGAUUAGGAAACAUCAACGUCAUCCCACGUGCUGUGCACAUUACUUGCUCAUGUUUGAUUAAAAACCUGGCAGACAAUUGAAAUGUGAAGAUGCUUUUUUUUUCUUCUUUUUUUUAAUGUGGAUUGGCGAACGAAAUUGUAAUGUGCAAGUUGUUUACACAUGCUCACAGAUUACAACAUGAACUUAGUGAACCCAAUGAGUUGAGACACUGGCAUUUUGUCUAUUUUUUGAGCUGGUGAUGCAUCACUCAAAUCUGUUCUCCUUUGGUUUUCUGUCAACGGGACGAGUCCAAAGUGUAAUAAAAUUCAUAUAUUCAAG